AUGAUGACCGAACACGUCGACGCGCUCGUCGUGGGCGCUGGGUUCAGUGGCAUCUAUCAGUUGAAGAAGCUCCGCGACCAGGGACUGAAGGUCAAAGCCAUCGAAGCCGGGAGUGGUGUCGGUGGGACGUGGUUUUGGAAUCGUUAUCCAGGCGCCAUGUCAGACACUGAAGCAUACCUCUAUCGAUAUUCAUGGGACUCGGACGACCUUCAGAGCUAUCCCUGGAGCCGGCACUACCUGCAAGGACCGGAGGUGCUGGCCUACCUCGAGCACAUGGUCAAGAGACACGACCUCGGGAAAGACAUCGAGCUCAAUACCCGUCUGGUGAGUGCCGAGUGGGACGAAGUCACAAGCCGCUGGAACAUCUUGACGUCCUCGACCAGCUCAAAAAUCUACCAAACGCGAUAUCUGGUCACGGCCCUGGGCAUCCUGUCAAAGCAGAACCUGCCACCAUUCCCCAAUCGAGAGGCUUAUCGCGGGCAAAUCUACCACACCGGGUCCUGGCCGACAGAGGGUGUUGACCUGCGAGGGAAACGCGUCGGGGUCAUUGGCAACGGCUCGACGGGGGUCCAAGUGAUCACGGCCAUCGCGAAGGAUGUGAAACAGCUAGUGUGCUUCCAACGGUCGCCUCAAUACAGCGUGCCCAGCGGCGAUGCGGCCAUCCCCGACGGCUACCGCGAGGACAUCAACAAGAGAUACAACGAGAUCUGGAAACAGGUCAAGAAGAGCAAGUUUGCGUUCGGCAUCGAGGAGAGCGAGCGCCUGACGGCCAGCGUCAGCCCGGAGGAGCGCGAACAGAUCUACGAGACGGCGUGGCAGCGAGGCGGCGGGUUCCGGUUCGCAUUUGGCACCUUCGGCGACAUCUCCGUGGACGAGGAGGCCAACGGGCUCGCGGCCGACUUCAUCAAGCGCAAAAUCGCGUCCAUCGUGCACGACCCCGACAAGGCGCGCAAGCUGACGCCGGCCGAGUUCUAUGCCCGCCGGCCGCUGUGUGACGCCGGCUACUACGAGCAGUUCAAUCGCGAGAACGUCGACAUCGUGAGCCUGAAAGAAACGCCCAUCACCUCCUUCACGGCGACGGGGAUCAAGACGAGCGACGGUGUAGAGUACGGAUUGGACGUGGUCAUCUGCGCGACGGGCUUCGACGCCGUCGACGGGAACUAUCUGCGAGCAUCCAUCACCGGCAGAGGGGGUCUGACGCUGAAGGACCACUGGUCCGCCGGGCCCUCCAGCUACCUGGGCAUGUUUGUGCCCCGUUUCCCCAACAUGUUCAUGGUCCUCGGCCCCAAUGGACCAUUCACCAACAUUCCUCCCACGAUCGAGACGCAGGUGGAGUUCAUCUCCGAUCUCAUCCAGGAGGCCGAGCGCCGACGACACGGAGGAGGAGGACUCCCGUCGCACGACGGCCCCAAUGGCACCUCGCACGCUGUUGCUGUUGGUGGUCCGAUUGUCGAAGCCAGAGAAGAGGCCGAGGGCACGUGGACGCAGCACUGUGACGACCUCAGCAAAGACAGCUUGUACCGACGGACAGACUCGUGGAUCUUUGGUGCCAACAUCCCCGGCAAGAAGCAUUCCGUGCUCUUCUACUUCGGCGGUCUGGCGCAGUACCGGCAGCUACUGGCGGAGGAGGCGGAGGGGGGCCGGUAUCCUUCGUUCCAACCUUUCUAG